GCUGUCCAUCACCUGAAGGGCCCUCCUCCUCUUCGGCUUCUUUCAGGGAUUAAUGGGCCACGGCUUUCAGAUUCCUCCGCCUAUCCUCCUUCAUCCCUCCUUCUUCUGCGCCAGAAAAAAAGAAAGGAAGGAGACAGAAGGACAGAUCCCUCCUCUCCAUCCCAAGCAUCCCAAUGGGCAGAGAGGCCUGAAGGAGAGAAGCUGCUUCAAAUCCAAUCUGGAACUGGAUUGAUAGGCAAAGUACCUGUAUGCUGAAUACAUGAAGUUUGGAUCGCCAUGCUGACCUCCAUCGCCGAGGGCCUGCUUUGCUGCCUGAUGGGCAAGGCGCCCCAUGCGGUCAGCCCCUUGGAGAGCGUGGAGUCUGCUGAUGGCUUUAGUUUUGUGGAGGUCAAGCCCGGCAGGGUGUUGAGAGUCAAGCACUUGGUGCCAGACCGCCCUGCACGGACAGCGGCGGAGGAAGAAGAGGAGGAGGCCGCCAUCCAGAAAGCCAAGGCCAUCCGCUGCCAGCGCCGGAUCACUGUCUACCGCAAUGGCCAGAUGGUCAUUGAGAACUUGGGCGAGGCGGCUGCACGGCUGGAGGCGGAAGGGUCAGCAGAGGUCCAGCGGCCCAAGCGGAAGCCCAAGAAGGUGGUGCAUGUAGACUGCGCCAAGGUCAUCUCAGGCUGCAAGGGGGGGCAGCGGGACGUGGUGCUCUUCUUCAUCCAUGGUGUGGGGGGCUCGCUGGACAUCUGGAAGGAGCAGCUGGACUUCUUCUCCCGGCUGGGCUAUGAGGUGGUGGCCCCCGACCUGGCUGGGCAUGGGGCCAGCUCCGCCCCCCGCGUGGCUGCCGCCUAUACCUUCUAUGCCUUGGCCGAGGACAUGCGGGCCCUCUUCCGCCGAUACGCCCGGAGGAGGAACAUCCUGGUGGGGCACUCCUACGGGGUGUCCUUCUGCACGUUCCUGGCGCACGAAUUCCCGGACCUGGUGCACAAGGUGAUCAUGAUCAACGGCGGGGGGCCCACGGCGCUGGAGCCCAGCCUCUGCUCCAUCUUCAACAUGCCCACCUGUGUCCUGCGUUGCUUCGCCCCUUGCCUGGCCUGGAGCUUCCUCAAGGCUGGCUUUGCCCGCCAAGGGGCCAAGGAGAAGCAGCUGCUGAAGGAGGGCAACGCCUUCAAGGUCUCUUCCUUUGUCCUGCGAGCCAUGAUGGGAGGCCAAUACUGGCCCGAGGGGGACGAGGUCUACCACGCCGAGCUGACCGUCCCAGUGCUGCUGGUCCAUGGGAUGCAUGACCGCUUCGUCCCCCUGGAGGAGGAUCAGCGCAUGGCUGAGAUCCUGCUGAUCGCCUUUCUGAAGGUCAUUGACGAGGGCAGCCACAUGGUGAUGUUGGAGUGCCCCGAGACAGUCAACACCCUCCUUCAUGAGUUCCUGCUCUGGGAGCCUGAAGCAGUCCCUUCYGGGUCGCCAAAUAAGAAAUAGCCACCAAGGUGGGAGAAAACCGCUGAACGAGCYUUUUCAGGGCUGCUUCRUCCAACUGAGGGACUGUCCACAUUUUGAGACCCGCUUUGAGGAGGGGAAGCUCCUUUCCUGGAAAACCGGAGUCUGCUAUUCCCCGAGGGGGGCCUUCAGAGACCCUCCCGACGGCCAUUUCUUGUCCCUUUCUCACGAAAGGAGAGACAAAGGAGCCUUCUGUACGGGACCGGGGUGGUGCGACCCCACACCACCUCAACCCAGGGGAAGACUGGACUCCGAGUUGAGCUGAGCUGUCUUUUUCCUCCCCUCCGUUUGGAGAAGUGAGAGUCGUUAAGAUGGCGGGAUGUACAACCAAACCCAAAUGCACCGUUUUGGGGAUCUAUAUCCUUCACCUAUGAGACUCUCUAAAGGCAGAGAAUCACUAUUUGCUUUCUUGUCAAAUCAUCUCCAAACCACCGACUCCAUUUUGCCCGAAUUCCGGAGCUGCUCUCCUUGCCGUUUCCUUUGUAACUAUGUAAAUAAUUUUUGGGCGAGAGAGGUCAAGGAAAACUGGACAAACACUCUGAACUUUGACCCUGGAACUAGAUUUAUUUUCAAUUUUCAACCUUUGUCCAAUCCUCGCCUUUUUCCCAUCCAACCAAGCUCCUAUACUACUUGGGUUGAUUCCUUUCGUUCUUUUUGCCCUUUCUAAAACAACUCCAUGUUUAAGAUGGAAGGCAAGCUAUUCCUUUGAGGCCAGGGAUGAUGGAAAUUGCCAUUGGAAACAUGGUGCGAAACAGCCAUUUCUUGUCUCAAGACGGUCAGAGUUUUCAAACUGAGUGAGAGACAUAUCUGGGAAGUGGAUUGAGAAGAAUGUCAAACUGGGAAAUAAUCCAACUGGGAUCCAACACUGGCCACUGGAUCAAUAACUUAUCGUAAUUUUUCUCAAUUCCAGCUAAAUAAAUCAUUUCCCAAAGGAACAAA